AUGGAGGCAUUUCCGGCCGAUAAUCUGCACAUCGAAAGAAAGGUUAUGUCCCGGGAGCAAGGCGACAAGAUUAUCGAUGGAGUUGUUGGCUUCACCAAUCUCGAUCAGUCAUUCAAGGACAAUGCCUUGAUCGCCAUCAUGACCCACGAUCCAGAACACGAGCGCAGUAUUGUCACAUUGACGACAAUCAACACUAAAAGCGCCUCCAACACCACCGCAUUCUACGGUUUCAAGAGUAUCCCAUCGUUAGCCCCGAUUACGAAGGAGUCACAAAGUCUCUCACAAUCUGCCAAUCGAACUCAACUGUCUGGUCAAUAUCGGAGUGCUGGAGCUGGAUCUCUACUCGUCGUCAAUGACCCAAAGGUCAUACGUUACGCUUACGAUCAGUAUGAUGACCUUGUAAAGGACAUGAAGACCCUCCUCGGUCCUAAGACCUUCACCACAAUCCUUGACUUGCAGCCAUUCCAGUCUUAUAUGUCAUCAUAUGGAGGAGCGAUGCAAGCCUCAAAAUCAUCCAGUAAAUUCAAAGCAACUCUGGGAGAAGAGAACAUUGGCAACUGUCUGGCCAUUAGGGGUCUUGUCUUCCAGCUUGCUGUCUUCACGUUCUUUAUGGUCGUAACAGGAACUUUCCAUCUUGGAUUCCACCGUCGACCAACGACAAGUUCUGCUACUGCGCAGGUUCCUUGGCGUCAGUUCAUAUAUGUGCUUUACAUCGGAAGCGUUCUGAUCAUAACCUGA